AUGGUUAAACUGAAGUCCAUGAAGCGAGAAAUUUUCGAUUCAAAAGUGGACUGGAAAACUCCACUCGAUCAAAAGAUAUGCGACGAAUGGUACAAAUUGUGUAAAGAAGUAGAUCCAGCAACAUUAUCAAUUCCUAGGUACGUGCUAUCACCCAGAGUAGGUGACCAAAAACGCCUUUGGUUGUUCGCAGAUGCAAGCAGGAUUGCAAUCGCAGCUUGUUCAUACUUACAAUGUGUCCCCUCUGGCGCAAUUUCUGGCUUGAUCCGUGGAAGGACGCGAUUGAUCCCCAAAAAGUGCCAUCAGACUAUCCCAAAAUUAGAGUUGCUCGCAAUCCUUAUAGCAGCUAGAUUAGGAUGCAGCAUAUUAUCAACUGUUCAAGCAAAAUUCGAAGAAGUGAACAUAGUUUCGGACAGUGAAAUUGCCUUGUACUGGAUCAAAUCUUCGAAAAAAGUUCCUAUUUUCGUAGCAAGUAAGCGAGCAAAAAUACUUAGUAUUAAACAGCAACUCGAUAAUCAUGGUGCUACGAUCAAAUUCUUCCAUGUUAGCACCGAAAACAAUCCAGCUGAUGCUGGAACCAGAGGUCUGACAGCACAAGAAAUUAUCGAGCACGACUGGAUCAAAGGACCGACGCUGGCUAGAAAAUCACUGUAG